AGGUCUCACUUCUGUGGGAGGUUGUGAAUGACCCCACUGGGGCAGAAGUCCUGAGAAGCCCAUCUGGUCAUAGCAUCCCCACAUCGUGGCCGCACAGCAGACUCCUCUCCCUCCCUGUUAUGCACCAAGGCAAUGCCCAAUGCCCAAUGGACUGGGCAACGCUGAUGAAGACACAGGUGCUACUGAGUCUGAGUCCCUUCGAGAACACUCUCAUGCAGACUCUCUGUUUAGUCUGUCCUCUAGCUGCCAGCCACCCCCCAACCAGGAAGGUUGAAAUCAAUGAAACGAUCACUCACUUACUUGUUUAUCAGUCUAAUACUUAUUAAAAACCUAUUUGUGCUAGUCACUGGAUUAGACAUGGGGUUGACAAAGAUGAAUAGAAGGUUCUAUACUCUCAGGAUCUCAGAGUCAAGCUAACAGAUCAUCAGGAUUUGGUCAAUGAUGGAGGGAAAUACAUGUCAGACCUCAGAGGAGGGAGGACUGGAUGCUUAUCUACCUUCAUGUCUUAGUCCAUCUGGUGCUGCUAUAACAAAAUACCACAACUGGCUAAUUUAUGAGGGAAAGAAAUGUAUGUCUUCCAGUUCUGGAGGUUGAGAAAUUCAAGGUCAAGAGACACACAUCUGUUUUCCUUGCCAACAGCACUCCUGCAAACAUGGUGAACAUUCCUAAAACCCGCUGGAUGUUCUGUAAGAAGUGUGGCAAACACCAACCCCAUAAAGUGACACAGUACAAGAAGGGCAAGGAUUCUCUGUAUGCACAGGGAAAGCAGCGUUAUGACAGGAAACGUGUGUGUGGUGGGCAGAUGAAGCCCAUUUUCAGGAAAAAGGCUAAAACUACAAAGAAGAUUGUGCUGAGGCUUGAGUGUGCUGAACCUAACUGCAGAUCUAAGAAAAUGCUGUCUAUUAAGGAUGCAAGCAUUUUGAACUGGGAGGAGAUAAGAAGAGAAAGGGCCAAGUGAUCCAGUUCUAAGCUUCAUUGUUUGUUUUGUUAUAAAGAUAAUACAAUGUUGAGGUUCUCUUCAAAAAAAAAAAGACCCACAUCUGGUGAGGGUCUGCAUGCUGUUGUCAUUCUAUGGCAGAAGGUAGAAGGCACAGGGGCAAGAGAUGAUACUCUAGAGAGAACCCAAAGAGUGGGGCAGAACUCAUCCUUUUUAUUAAGGACCUUCUACUCCCUUGAUAACUUUCUCCAUUCAGAUUUGACAGAUUAAUGGAUUAAUUCAUUCAUUUUGAAUGUCCAUGACCUCAUCACCUCUUAUUA